UGUAAGUAUUGUUAUUUUCCGUGGAACAAUAACAUACUUUCCAUUGAACAACAAUAACAAAUUACGUCUUUUCCAAAUUGAAUUACGAGUUCUGCAAUAAGAGUGUACUGUAACUGUACAGUGUAUAAUGUUCGCUCCGAUAUUAUUGGAAGUUUUUAUUUGCGAAAAGCGAGUCAAACGUUUAUUGAAAAUUGAUUCUAGAAGUCGGUCAUUACGUUCUAGUGUUAUUGUGUAAAAUAUCUCUGAUAUUUGAUCAGAUUCCACGAUUUAUAUACGAUUCUCUCUUCGUCGAUAACAGGUUGUGGGCGAGAAGAGUGUUAACGGAAUAGUAAAGAAUGGUUUUCAAAUCAGUGCUCAUAAUUUUGUUAUUGAUAAAUUUUGCAUUAAUUAGUGCCACAGAGAUAAUGCCAUCGCCUCGAAUUGUUAAUGGUCACACGGACACACAAAAUCAAUUUCCCUGGCAAGUUCACAUUCAAGCAUCUUACGCAAAUGGUCCGACAAUUAAUAACUGUGGGGGCUCCAUCAUUACGGAUACAUAUGUUCUAACGGCUGCAGAAUGUGUACAUAAUGCGAAAACAUUGAAAAUCAAUUUGGGCUCGACCUAUUUAUCAACACCGGCAAAGACAUUGUACUCGGGUACAUUUUCCAUGCAUCCCUACUACAAUCCAAUUUAUUUUCAAAAUAACAUCGCUUUGAUUCGGCUACCGGAAACGUUGAAAUUCACAUCGACAAUGAUGGCAAUACGAUUACCAUCAAGAAGUCAAUUGAAUGAAAUGUUUGUGAAUCAAGAAGCAUAUUUCAGCGGAUUCGGUUUGACCUCGUCUAAGAAUCAAUCAAUGUCGGAGCGAUUGCAAUGGGUGAAGGAAAAAGUAAUUUCGAAUUUUGAUUGUGGCAAAUCGUACCACCCGCAAAUGAUUAAACAAGAAACGUUAUGUUCAAUCGGUUGGGAUAAUCCGUGGCAGGGACCUUGUAGAGGUGAUGGAGGCGGUGCACUCGCACUAAAUGAGUUUGGUACAUGGACCCAAAUCGGAAUAUUCAGUUUUAUCCAUGCGACCGGAUGUGAUACAGGAUAUCCAAGUGGAUACGUACGCGUCACAUCCUACCUUGAUUGGAUUGCUAGCGUGACCGGAUAUGCUUUGAGACCAUAGGGGAAGAUUGUAGAGUGGAAUGAAAUUAUUUAUUGAAUACAAGCUG